UUUCUAUUGUGGUUUUAUCUUAGUGUCGAGUUGAUAAGCAUCUGGAAGUCAUCAACAUGGACGCAUCUGAAUCACCAAGCGCAGUCUUUCACCGGAGUCUUCACACCAAUCCCAUCCCCAUAAUCGGAGCCAGCGGGAAUUACUUGCAUUUAUCAACAGGCGGAAAACUGCUCGAUGCUACUGGAGGUGCUGCGGUAUCAUGCCUAGGACAUGGAAACAAAAGAGUCAAGGAGGCCAUCAUAAGUCAAUUGGAUGUGGUCUCAUAUGUCCAUUCUGCAACCUUUGCUACCGAGGCCGCCGAGAAGCUCGCAAGAGAACUUGUCGAGUCAACUAAUGGAGAGAUGUCAAGGGCGUACAUCGUCAGCUCUGGUUCCGAAGCAAUGGAAGCAGCUCUCAAGCUUGCAAGACAACAUUUCCUCGAGUCCAACCCGCCACAGCCACGAAGAACCAGGUUCAUCGCCAGGCACGAGUCUUAUCAUGGAACAACAUUAGGGGCACUGUCGGUCAGCGGCCACAAGGCUCGUCGUGCUCCAUACGAACCGAUGCUGCUUCCGAACAUGAGUCGCGUCUCUGCGUGCAAUGCUUAUCGCGGGAUGAUCGAAGGUGAAACCGAGGCAGGAUACGUGGAUCGAUUGGCAAAGGAACUUGAUGAAGAGUUCCGGCGUCUUGGUCCAGAGAAUGUUUGUGCGUUUGUGGCGGAGCCAAUAGUGGGCGCAGCUUUAGGUUGCGUGCCGGCGGUCAGGGGUUACUUCAAGGCAGUCCGCACCGUUUGUGAUAAGUAUGGGGCACUACUAAUUCUUGAUGAAGUGAUGUGUGGCAUGGGCAGAACGGGGACUAUGCAUGCGUGGCAAUCGCCACUCAUUGAUGUGAUUCCGGAUAUUCAGACCAUCGGAAAGGGGCUGGGUGGUGGAUAUGCACCUGUGGCUGGUGUGUUGAUCAGUCGCAAAGUGACGGAUACCCUAUUCGGAGGUACCGGAGCCUUUGCCCAUGGACAGACUUAUCAGGGACAUCCUGUCAGUUGCAGAGCUGCGUUGGAAGUGGUACGGACCAUAAAUGAAGAGAAGCUGGUGGAUAAUGUCGCAGCCAUGGGCUUGAAGAUGGAAGAACUGUUGAAGCAACUCGUCUUACCGUUACCUCAUGUUGGUGAUGUACGAGGAAAGGGGCUCUUCUGGGGAAUCGAAUUUGUUAAGGACAAGACAACGAAAGAACCAUUUGAUCCAAAAGAGAAUGUUGCUAUGGACAUCCACGAGAAAGGUUUAAGUGGCCCGCACAACAUCACACUCUAUCCUGGAAACGGCACGGUAGACGGUAAGGUCGGAGAUCACAUUCUCGUUGCUCCUGCAUACAAUGUGACGGCGGAUGUCGUCGAAUUGAUUGUGCAAAAGACUGCGGCGGUCAUUAAGGAAUACUUCGAACAGAGCAGAGAAUGAUUUUGGGGAUCGGUCGUUCCAUAAACUCAAUGAGAGUCUGUUGAAAGAAGGCCACCACCCUCCAUAGACAUAUGACCGUUAGUUGCUUGAGUUGUCGAGGAGCCUGUUCAUGAUUGAAACACCAAACAAGAUUUUUCUUUAUUGGCCAUUGAUUCGAAGAACGCUCAAAAUAACAACACUCAGUUUUGAUGGAACC